AUGGAUUCUCUACUUGUGAACUCUUCCACAACUUACUCUGUCGCCAUCGUUGGAGGGGGCCCCACUGGCCUGUCUGCCUCGAUCCUGCUUUCGCUGUGUAACAUCCCCCACGUUCUGUUUGAACGAUAUCCUUCAACAUCCAUCCACCCGAGAGCUUGCGGAUAUAAUCACCGCACAGUGGAAAUAUGGCGCCCCAUGGGCAUCGAAGAGGAGCUGACCAAGCAACGCGCUCCACUGGACAUGGUCAGCAGGACAGCCUGGUAUACCAGCUUUGGACCCAAUGGGAGGGAAACCGUCAGCCGCGACUCCUGGGGUGGCGGAGCCUAUGAGGAAGAAUAUACCUCUGUCUCGCCUUGUCAGUAUUCCACCAUGCCACAAAUCCGACUCGAACCGAUAUUGCAGAAACGGGCACUGGAAUUGAAUCCGGGGGGGAUCUUUUACAAUACCGACGUUACAAAAGUCGAAGAAGCUAGUGGCCACGUCAUCGUCACUUCUCUCGGGAAAGGCGAGGAGCCGGUGACAGUCAAAGCACAAUACUGUAUCGCCGCCGACGGUGGUCGCAGACUGAUAGAUGACCUAGCCAUUGGAUGA